AAAAGGCAUCGCGGAGCCCUCGCUCUCUCUCUCUCUCUCUCUCUCUCUCUCUAAUCAUCUUCAUUCCGACUACCGCCUUCCCCCACCAUCGUCAUCAGUAUCUCUUCGCAGUCGCAUAUUUCCCCUCCUACCUUUUCCUCCCUGCGCCGUUGGACCCGGAGAUUACCAGUCUUUCGUACCUGUCAUCACCACCACCGCACAUUCGCAUCCAGAACACCUUUUUUUUCUCUCUUCUUUCUAUUGCGGGAUCUUUCUGUCCACCAAACAACCGUCGCGUCUUCCGAACCCUACGUGCUUCAACUUCGCGUGUCUCUGAUAAAUCGAUCUAGAUAAUCCGUUCCUUGACACCUUGGUCACUUCCCUCCUUCCUCCGGCAGAAUACUCUUAUCGCCCACAGAAUAUUUUGCCCAGUGCGCCGUCCAUCCACUGACGUGAACUCGAUGCUCUGGUCCCUGGGCUGAAAAGAGGUUCUGACAUACAACAAGUCUGGGCACAUGAGUAGCAAUCUUUGGGAUUUGUUUCUGCGUGAUGAUGUUGAGACCUUCCAGCGUUCCCUGGCUGGUGCCAGUUAUACGUCUGGAGGAGGGGCCUCAAGCUUCAAAUCAGGAAGUCCCGGGGCGCUGAUAUAUUCUUCUUUGGGGGCCUCCCCGAAGGCGAAGAAAUUGACCGGCACCUCCCCCGGCACACCGCUUCCGGAGCGAGGAAGUGGGGGUCGAUUCAGCAAGACCCUCGCUCGGGAUGAAUUGAAUGCUCGAGACCACCUGGGGAGAACUCUCCUUCACCAUGUCGCAUCAUCGCAGAGUCCUACCGCUGCCGGGUUUGCCCUGGCCCUGCUCGAAGUGCCUUACCUGGAUAUAUAUGCGCAGGAUUGGGAGAGCGGAUGGACGGCUCUACACCGGGCCCUGUAUGCGGGCAAUGCCACGAUUGCGCUGGCCUUGAUGACCAAAGAUGUCCGGGACGCAACGGAUUUGAGCAAACCGGGAGCCUCGAACCAUCCAAGCGGCAGUCUUAUCAAAAUUAAGGAUCGGGAGGGCUAUAGCCCUUUCGAUGUGUACGCGGCUACUAUUACCUCGCGCGAUAUCAAACGAAUUGCCUCCCCGCCCACCUCCCGUGACCCUUUACUCCUAGAUGUUGACAUCAGUGAUGUAUCCUCUAGUGGAUCCAUUAACGGGGAUGAUCUAAGUAUAGGGGAGGACGGGUUGAUUAGCCGAGCUUCUUUGAAGCCUAGGUUCAACCUGUUCGGUGACGAGGUGUACACGUUUGGGAGCAACAAGAACCUGAAUUUGGGCGUUGGCGAUCAGGAUGACCGCCAGUAUCCCGAAAGGAUAACGCUCAAACGUCCGGCACACCUUUUGCAGCGGUUCUUUCGCGAGUAUCAAGAAGAACGAUCGGAGGAUUUUGUAUCCGAACCAGCUCAAGAGUCAUUCCUCAACCAGGACCUUCCCGCUCUCAUCAAAAGCAAACCUAUCAAAAUCCAGGACAUUGUAAUGUCGAAGCUUCAUACGGCUAUUCUAACCACCGACCCCGAAUCUAAUCUUUUUAUGUGUGGAUUUGGCCCAGGUGGGCGUUUAGGUACGGGGGACGAGGCUACCAAGUUUAGCUUUGUUUGUAUCGAGAACGGGGGACUUGCGAAUAAGAAGGUUCUUUCCGUUGCUCUCGGUCAAGACCACACCCUUGCAAUCACCGCGAAUGGCGAAAUCUUCAGUUGGGGAAGCAACAAAUCCGGUCAACUAGGUUACAACCUCCCCCGUACCAAUAGCCGGGACGACGUUCCGAUGCAGAAAUCCCCUCGACAAAUCUUCAAUCCGUUGAAAAAGGAGAUCAUCCUAGGAGCAGCAGCGUCGGCGAUCCAUUCUGUCGUCUUCAGCAACUCCGGUUUGUACACAUUUGGCAAGAACGAGGGCCAACUCGGAUUGGUGGAUUCAGACGCCAGGUCCCUGGAAGUACAAACAACUCCUCGACGUGUGGGGGCUUCGCUCUUCAGUGCCGCAAUCCAUAGCGUGUCUGCAAUCGACCAGGCAACGGCGAUCCUGCUUCAAAACCACGAAGUUUGGGUUUUCUCCCAUUACGGCUAUUCGAGACUCUCGUUCCCCUUGGAAGUCAGCUCAAGAUUUAUUCGCGACAGUUUUAUGGCCACCCGUUAUGAUCUGUCAACGAAUCAUAUCGUCAAAAUCACAUCGGGCGGAAAUACUAUCUGCGCUCUGUCGAGUUCCGGAGAAGUUUUCACAGCGCAGGUUAAUAAGCUAGAACACCAGCCAACAUUGACGUCGACGACUAAUCCCGCGAAGAUCCGCAACUCACUCUCGUCUCCCGUUCGCGUCUGGUCUAUCAAGAAGGCCCAUAUGGCGGUGAAAGACGUCGAUGUUGGCCAGGAUGGCUCCAUCAUUAUUUGCACAGCCUCCGGCUCCGCUUGGAGAAAAGAGAAACGCGGGAAGACAAAAGAUGGGCCGUCCAAAGACUACAAGUUUGCCCGCAUUCCAGGCCUCUCUCGGGUUGUAGGCGUCUGCAGCAAUGCCUUUGGGGCCUUUGCAGUUGCCCAGCGGGAUUGCGAUGUGACUAGAGAGCAAAUAAACGUUGAAGAAACGACUCUUUGGAAAGAUAUCCUCCCUCUAUCUCCCUUUAAUUCGCUCAGGUCAACAAUGGGAUCGACGGACUCGGAUCAUGCUACUCUCGCUGGCACCUGGCACCCGGAACCAGCCAUGGCUAUCAAGCAAGCCAUUCUAGGUCCCUCAAACGUCGAGUCCUAUUUCCAACCAACACUGGCCGAUCCACCUGCUGGAACAAUCUGGGCUAUGACAACUCUUUCUGACAUCCGGAUUCCCAUCCAUGAAUUCGUCUUGACUGGGCGUAGCUCGGUUCUGCGAAAAAUGUUUCACGAUUUCCGGCGUAAACACUAUCUAUCCGCCCCUGAGUUGCUGACCAUCGAGCACGACCAGAAUGGACAGCGCCAGAUAAUUUUCCAGGGCCUGGACAUAUUCACUAUCCUUAAUAUAGUGUUUUUCCUCUACACCGACAAUGUCUUGGAUGUUUGGCAACAGGCUCGACAAUCACCAAUGAAUGCGUCCCGGUUUCGCCAGGUGCGCACCGAGGUGAUGCGGAUCUCCACAUUGUUAAACCUCCAAGCGUUGGAGCGAGCUGCGCGACUGAUGAUUGAGCCCUCUAAAGAUAUGAAGUCUGAUUUUAUGCGGGCUAUCACCGAUCCAACCUUCUUUGAGAGUGGGGAUGUUAUUAUUGACUUGAAUGAUGAACACAUGAUUGCGCACAGCCAAAUCAUCUGUCAACGAUGCCCAUUUUUCAAUGCCUUGUUUUACGGUCGUUCCGGGGGUAGGUGGUUAGAAUCCCGCCGCAAAAACCCGCAGGACAAGAUCCACAUCGACUUGAAGCACAUUGACCGACAAGUCUUCGAGUUUGUUCUCCGAUACAUCUACGCAGACACCGACGACCAGCUCUUCGAUGAAGUUCGGACAAAGGAUCAUGAAGAUUUCAUUGAUCUUGUUCUUGACGUUGCGUUUGUAGCCAACGAAUUGAUGAUUGAUAGACUGGCCCAAAUAUGUCAGAAGGUGUUGGGGACAUUUGUGAAUUCACGCAACGUGUGCUAUCUUCUGAAUUCUAUUGCACCAUGCUCAGUGACCGAAUUCAAGGAUGCCUCGUUGGAGUACAUUUGCUUAAACCUGGAAGAUCUCAUUGCAAACAGGCGAGGUUCGAUGUCUUCUAACCCACGCAAUAGAGUUUUGGGAGAUCUAGACGACUACUUACUUUGUGCGCUGGAUUCUAUCUGUCAUGAUAAUCAACUCGCCACAUUCCCUAUAUCGAGGGGCCGUAACACUGACGAGUAUUUAUUUGAGAAGUAUCCAGAACUCGUCUCAUUAAUCGAAACUGACAAACGACGUCGUGUCGACUCAAUGAGGCUGAGGUCCCGCCUCAACCACUCUGAAGAUUACGAUGGAAAGCUUCGAACCAUGAAUAACAACAACAACAACAACGAAAAGACCGUUGCAUCGCCACUUGUCUCAAAGUCUAAGAUGGGACCGGCCAAAGACAGCCCAGCGGCUCUCUAUGGUAGUCCACCGUUGAAGUCCCAGCGGUCAACUGGCGAUUUGAUGUUCCAAAUGGAUGAUGAGCAUUUACUUUCACCUGGGGAAUUCCUCAAAGGAAAAGCAGCUGUUCGUGGACCUAAAACAGCUGAUGCGAACGAUAUAUCAGGACUUGGCUCUAGCUUACAAGAUGGAGGGUCAUUUGGGAAUCAAAGCUACUUGGAUAGACAAAUGGCCUCUCCGCAUACUACUAGUCUUGCUGAGUCUCCUUCCGAACUCAGAACAGCAACGCUCCAGAGAAAGCAGAAUGGGUCUCUGUCUCCGCAAAAUGCUUCGCAGGCCCCAUGGACCGCAUCCGUGAUUUCGAAUUCCAGGAAGAACUUGAUGGAUAUUAUGAAGGAAACCUCUGAAAGCCGGGUUUCAAACCUCAGUUUGGGCAUGUCCGCCCGACGAGAAAGCAGCAACACCUUCACUGCAAAGCUAUCGCAAAAAGAGCGAAAGAAGAUGCAACAGCAGCAAAUGCAGGAGGAGCAGGCGACUGCUCAACAGAAGGCAAAGGAGGCCCCACAAAACCCGUGGAAAAUUACGACACCAAGCAAGCCUGCCCCUCUACAACAGGCAAGCGGACAAGAGGCUCUAUCCCCAACCCCGAGCAAGCCUGCACAGAGGGCUGGAAUGACUCUUCGCCAAACAGUGGCCGGUACACCACCUCCACGACCCGAACCCCCUGCCACACCCAUGCAAAUCAAGGGUCGCAGUGUAUCCGUAACAACCCAACCUCCGCCUCGGCCCUCCCUCUCGGGGCCCUCAACUGUGGCGCGUUCGACGUCUCCUAGCCCAUCGUCUAAUGCCGUGCCCACCAUUCAAUCUAUCCGCCAUAUCCCACGCUCGGAACCCUACCAAACGAGUUUCCAUGCAGACUCUCCCAAUUCAAUGUCAUUAGCCACCAUUCUUAUGCAGCAGCAAACUGAGAAAGAUGAGCUGCGCGAAGCAGCAACGGCGAAGCACAACCUCCAGGACAUCCAGCUAGAGCAGGAAUUCCAGGAAUGGUGGGACAAAGAGAGUAGGCGAGUCCAGGGCCUGCCAGAACUUGGUCCGACACCCAACCAGGAGGAACGAGACGGCCGCGCAGGACGAGGAGCUCCUGGCAAGGGCUCAGGGCAACGGAAGCGACGCGGAAAGGGAGGCGUUUCAGCAUCCGCCCAACAAACCCCGCGGAACGAUUCCGGACCUGCGCCAAAGGACAACCCGACUACCUUUGGUCGAGAACAGCAGCAGCAGCAGCAACAACAACAACAACUCCAAGCUCCAAAGGGACAUCACACAAAUUCCGCUGCCGGCUCUUCUCGUCGUGGGGGUCGAGGAGGUCACCGUGGCCGGGAGAGAGGGCGC